AUGCUCUCUUCAGUCGCUGCCGUCAUUGUCGCCUCGGCUGCUGCCGUCUCUGCGGGUGCCAUCCCCAAGCGUAGCCAGACUGCCAGCAUGACUCCCCAUGACAAGUAUUCUUCUUCGUGUGGUGCGCUCGGAUGCAAGAUCAAUACCAACCGAAUUGCCUACUGGCCCUCGGCCGUCAGCUGCAACGACAUCUGCGUCAAGUUGACGCACAACGGCCGCAGCCUCCACCUCCUCAAGGUUGACCAGUCGGGAGGCGCCCACGAUAUCUCGUACGACGCCUAUAGCGUGCUCGUCACUGGCAAGCCUGCCGCCGAAAGCCGCAUAGUGGGAGGCCCCGUCGACAUGGCGUGGGAGGUUGCCGAUCCUAGUGCGUGCCGCGACCUCCUCCCUCCCAGCGGCAAGUUGCCUGUCUCUGCCGCCAACAGCAUGAACUUUAUCUCAUCCUGCCCGGCUUCGACCUGGGUUGGCCAGAAUCAUGAGCUUUUCAACAUCCAGGACCCUGUCUGCCACUUCGGUGUCGACCAGACUUGCACCUUGGACAUGAGCAAAAGCAACCAGCCCCAGUGCCCUAGUCCGCUUGGCCUAAACACGCCUCUGACUGGUCAAGAGGUUUACAAUAUCGAGUAUAGCACCGGCAACAAGGUUCUUGCUUAG